CUCCAAGACAAAAGAGCACUUCCAUUAAUUUUGUCCGUUUUAUUUAUGUUUGGGAUGUUUUUUUGUGUGCAAACAAUACGUUGUUGAACAUUUUUGGUCACGCCUUUUUUAGAUGAAAAAAACGAAACUCUUGGGUUUCGAAGUCUCACGGGAGGGACUGACGCACGCUAUGACAAGCAAACAAGCGAAUGACGUUUUGCGCAUGCUCAUGGAGAGCUAUGGAGCUAGAAGGGGUAAAAGUGUUAAAGACAAAGGACUAAACAACCCAGGAAAAGAGGCUAAACGAUUAAUUUCAGCAGGUUUAUGACAAGCCUAAACAGUAGUAUCAAAUAAAGGGAAAGCUGUUUUCCUAAGGAGUCCUGUCUGUCUACACAUCACCAGAGCCUCAUGUCCCUCACAUCUUUUGCACUGGAACUAACUCUUCGUGGUGGAACCGUGGUCCUCUUUGGGUUCUCUAGAAAUGGAAAGAACUAGUAAACUCUAGUCUGGUGACACUGGAGGUGAAGAAAAAAAGUCACGAGGACAGACAUCAGAAUGGAGGAAGUUGAAAAAAGAGACACAUGCUCUUGCUUCUCUUUCUAGUAUUUGUUUAGCCAUAGAUGUGACCUUGGGGGUUCAUUAUCUUUUUAUUCUGACGUAGCUGGAUAAAUGUUCACACCCUCCUUUUCGCUCUCGUAAUUCAAUCUGGGCCUUACUCCAAACUUGGAACACUUUGUUUUCCAGCAGUUUUUUAAAACCUUCUACCAAUCAUCCCUUUUGAAACGGCAGGUUUAGCUGAAGUGACCUGGCCCACCUCAGUGUCACCCAGUAACCCACCUUCCUCAUCCCUUGCCACACGCACGCCCCUCCAGCAGCUGAGAGGUUGCCAUGGCGAUGGUAGUCGUGUCGGCAUAGCAACAGGGUGACAGUGAUGGGGAGUGCUCCAUUUUCCAGUAAGGGGAGGGGGAGUGGGGGGCUGCAGGACCUGGGCUGUAUGCCAUGGAAGCUGAGCAAGCAGAAAGGGGUGGCGGGAGGGGGGGAGGAGAGGUCGGACCUGAGAGAGCAUGAUCUCUCGACCCCACCGGCCCCGCCUCCAUCCCCCAUCUACCACGAGAAGCAACGGCGGGAGCUGUGUGCUCUGCAUGCACUCAAUAACGUCUUCCAGGACGGGGCAGCUUUCAGCAGGGAUGCACUCCAGGACAUCUACCAGAGAUUCUCUCCCGGCACUCUGGUAACCCCCCACAAGAAGAGCGUGCUGGGAAAUGGGAACUAUGAUGUGAAUGUCAUUAUGGCCGCCCUACAGACCCGAGGGUUCGAGGCUGUCUGGUGGGAUAAAAGAAGGGAUGUGGGCAGUAUAGCGCUGUCCAACGUAACAGGCUUCAUUCUGAACGUCCCGUCCAAUCUGCGCUGGGGUCCACUGCGCCUGCCACUCAAACGGCAGCACUGGAUAGGGGUGCGGGAGGUGGGCGGAGUCUAUUACAACCUCGACUCCAAACUACGCAGCCCACACACCAUCGGAAACCCUGAUGAGCUCAGGAAGUUCCUACGUCACCAGCUGAGAGGGAAAAACUGUGAGCUCCUAUUGGUGGUGUCUGAGGAGGUGGAGGUCCACCAAACAUGGAGGUCAGAUGGCUGUUGAUUGAAUGUGCCCGCCAACCUUUUCUCUACCGGAUUAGACUUUUCCCAGUUGCUGCUCAGGAUAACAGGCGUGGUCCAAUCAGGGGACAAAUUGAAAAGCAGAUGGGGUUGUGCUCAGCCAAUCACGUAGAUGCACACUGGCCAGAUGUACUUUUUGUGCUUACUCACCCAUUGCUGGACUCAGGCUGAUGAGACCUGAAGCGAUGAAGGAAACGGACGCAUACAGGGAGGUCAUGAAAAAAAUCACACUACACUUAGAUUUAUGAACAUUUAUGUUUGGUUUUUGGGAUUCUGUGUUUUUAUAUAUCAAUUGAUGACUAUUUUUCAAAGUUACUUUCGAUUUUUUUUGUACAUUUACUGUUUCCAGUGUCCAAGUAUGAGAGGCGUGUGACUGUGUAAUACUACGAGUAUCUAUUUCUCCCUCUAUCUCCCCCCUCCUGUUACUGUUUACCCCUGUACUGUAUAUUCACUGAUGCGUCUUCAUGUAACUCUCCUCCUUUUCUUUGUGUAUCUCUCUAUUUGUUAUUCUCUGCUCUACUGUGACUGUACAUCUCUUCUUUACCUCAGUCUCUCUUCCUCUGUCACCCCCCAGUGUAUGGACCUGAGUGUAUGCAGCUGUUUUAUCCUCUGUUGCUGCUGAGACCAUCUCUGUCUGUUAGGAACUAGCAGGGUUUUUUACUGUCUUCAAAUUACAAUUCCUCUUAGCUAAAGCUGUGUUAGGCCCAGGUAUUGACAAAUGUCUGUAUACUGUAACAUGGUAGAGCCAGGGGGUUUUCUUGACAAUGUGACCUGACCAGGAAAAUCCACCAACCUGUGUUAUCUGCUAAUCACAACCCAUGGAGAAGUGAAAGUGAAAGAAGAAAGGCAUGAGUCCAGCCAGACAUGUUGUUAGUUUUGAAAUCAGCAGAGGGAUUUCUGUUUGUUGAUAGAUCUUUAUCAUCACAACAACAUAUUGUGUAUUAUUGAAGACUUGAUAAGGCCUUAACUUGUUUACAGAUGAAGCAGACAUUAUUCUCUACCUAAAGAGGGGUUGUUGAAUUUUGCCCCUCAUGGGCUCAAUCCCAACAGUUUUCCUAUUCAUCUGAGCAUCCAAUCACAUGAUUAAUUCAACUGAUAAUUUAAUAAUUUGCAACAAUCACUAAUCAUGAGACAAAUCAAUGAGGUGGUUGGACUGAGGCUUCCCCUAGGGGACUUCAGGUUGGGCAACCAAACUCCCAGGUAGAAAAUCCCCUCUACUUUAAACCAGGGUGUUUGGAAAUAAAACUCAGUAGUGACAUAGUGGAUUUUGCUUUUUGCCAUGACAAUCCCACCCACCUUCUCCCUUCUAUUAAAGGGUCCAGGUUAUGUUAUUGUUUUCCACAAAAAUAAAAUGCUUGAAAUGGCACUUUAUAUACA